AUCACAAAUCCAUUACCAAACGAAUCAAAAUCAUGUCUUUCUUCGAUUUCAUCGUCUUCAUCACCAUCCCAAUCUUCCUAUCAUCCUUCGCCGAUCCAGUCUUCGCCAGAAAACCCCACGAAAUCAAUUUCGUUUCACCCAACUUAUUCCCUGAAGGGCUUACAUGGGAUUCAUCCGCUGAACACUUCAUCGUCGGUUCCAUUCAUCAACGAACCAUUCACUCCAUCUCCGACGCCGCCGUUGUUGAUACCCUUUUAUUCGAUUCAUCACUCCCUGAAAACGUCUCUGUUCUAGGUCUCGCCGUCGACAACGCUCGCCGCCGUCUCCUUGCAGUCAUCCACUCCACUUCUCCUCACCCUGUAUACAACGCUCUAGCCGCCUAUGACCUCAGUUCCACCAACCGCACUCGAAUCUUCCUCGCCCCACUUGAGGAUCUUGACUCUACAUCUGACCGCCCGAUUGCCAACGAUGUCACUUUCGAUUCAGCAGGAAACGCCUACGUAACCAAUUCAGCUGGGAACUUCAUUUGGAAGAUCACGAUAGAUGGGUAUCCUUCAAUUUUCUCCAGAUCCCCUGCGUUUACCUUCCAUAAAGUUGAUCCUGAGUCGCCCUUCAGUUUCUGCGGCUUAAACGGGAUAGUCUACAUCAACAAAGGAUACCUUCUCGUUGUGCAAUCGAAUACCGGCAAGAUGUUUAAAGUCAACAUUGAAGAUGGGUCGGCACGCGAGGUUCUUCUCAAUAAGGACCUGCAGUUACCUGACGGAAUCGUUGUGAGACGCGACGGCGUUGUUUUGGUGGUAUCUCAGUACGCUUUGUACUUCAUCAAGAGCGAUGAUAGUUGGUCUCAGGGCGUGGUGUUUGACGAAACUUCCCUUGAGGAAGAGAGGUUCUCGACUUCCGUCGCUGUGGGCGGCAAAGAAAGGGCGUAUGUGUUGUAUGGGCACGUGAACGAAGGUAUACGGGGAGAUGUUGAGCGUGAAUCGUUCAGUAUAGUGGAGAUUGAGUCGGUGAAGGAGACGAAUGAAGACUCCGUUUGGGUGUUUAUUCUUAUUGGAUUGGGUUUGGUUUAUUUCUUGAUUUGGAGAUUUCAAAUGCGUCAGCUUGCCACAAACAUGAACAAGAAAAUUGCUUAAGAGAACGAACGAUGAUACACACAGUUUAUCCAGUUUUUAAUUUAGGCUUGUUUAUUUUCUGGGUUUCAGUUCUUCAUUCUGAAUUGAAACCUUUCUUUGUUGUGUAUGACUCCUUUCAAUUUCUAAUCAUAUACAAGUUCUUUUCCCAA